CCCAAUUUUAUCCGAACGAGUGAAAAGCAGCGUCGAUUUUUCGUCACUUCUUGAGUUUCAUUCUGGAAGAGAGGUUUGCACUACCAGUUCGUCAGUGUGCCUUUCAGCUUUCUUGCGAAAACAAGUGAAUUGUCAGAAGGACCACCAACUACUCGAACGAAACUUGACGACGACAAGAACACGAGAACUAUUUAUAUUCAUCCCAAGAGAGGAAACCAAAGAGAAUAUUAAAAGCCGUCCAAACUCCUACUAACGACAAAAACCAAACAUGUCCUUCAGAAAUCACUUUGACAUGAUCAGCUUAAAUGAACCCGUGACCCAUAAGGCCAAAUUCUGGCAGUCGUAUGUGCGAGCACUGAAAGGCACAGAAGACAUGCGGGCUGAUGAUGGGAAGCUGAGGCUGAGACCGAGGGCCCUCUCCGAAUUUCCCUCUGACUUUGGACGAUCAGCAUUUGACGACAGGUAUGCUGACCCCAACUCCAGGAUCUCCACCCCCGGAUACCGUUACAUGCCAAUUUCUCGGGAAACUUAUGGCUACUCACCAAGACCAAUUUAUGGAACUGACCGACCCCGAUAUGUUCCGAGACCAUUCUCGGUCCCACCAGAGGAUUUCAACAAGGAGACAAGUCCCUACUACGGGGACAUGGCGUCCCCAUUUGCAAGGGACGCUACUCCGCUGGCAAGGGCAACUUCUCCUUUUCUGAAGGACACGACGCCCUUCAUACCAGAAACACCAGUCCCUUCUGCUUACUACCCUCGCUCCUACUACACGCGGCCUUACAGCCGAUCAGUCACACCCUCCCUCCAAGUCCCCAGUUACUCGUACGGCGAGGGGCUCCCCUUGUACGCCAACCGGUUGGGGCCUCGUCGUCCCUACAGCGACCUUUAUAACCCGUCCCCGUAUAUCCCGAUUUCCGCGGUGACUCGUGACCCAUGGUGGUACGACAUUAACGGGCUGCGACCCUACUCGUCCUACCCGCGCUACCCCUCUGCCCUCCGGACAAGCUACCUGUCACCUGUGAAGAACAGAUACCUGUGGACCAGGCACCCCAUGCGAUACCUCUAAAUUCAAGAAGCAGGGAAUAAUGUGUUCAUUUGUGGCCGGACUCCGAGUUUGGUAGACGACGACACCAUUCUUUAUGGACGAUAUAAAGUUCUUUAUUAAGCUUUUCCUAUAUUAGAACAAAUCAAAGCUUCAAUAAAUCCAAUCAAUUUCAAACAAAAUUCUCGCUCCGUAUAUUUUAUGAAAAAUUACAAAUGCAAUAUAUAAAUUAUAUAAUGCUACAUUAUCUUUGUUUAAUUAUGAUUAAGGAAAAAAAGAGUUAAUAAUGAGAUGAGCAUUAAUGGCAAUCCCCAAGUAAAUGUGCCACGUAUAUGAAAUUGUGUAUAAACCAGAACGAUGUCAAACAACUUGAUCGGUAUGUGUAUAUAAUAUAUAUUAAUAUAACGAAAAAAAUAAAUUUAUCCCGUGAUGCAAUAUCACAGGGCACACAUUAA